AUCGUCAUCUGUCCACUGCUAAACAUAGGCCUCCCUCAGGACUGACGUAAGGAACAGUCCUGAUUUACUUGCAUCUACUGACAAUGCAUUUGAGGUCGUCAUUCCAUGUAACAGGGGGUCGUUUUAUUUUACGUUUAAAACAGAGUUUUACGCUAGGGGCGAAGGGGGAGGUGUAUUUUUGAGUGACGACACUCGACAACAUUUCUUCUCCAUUAGUUGUUGGUUUUUCGAGCUAUGUCACCACUGCUACUUCAGCACGUUUAUCCUUCGGGCUAUGUCGGUAACUUACGUUCUUCUGCGGAUAUCUAUCCCACAAAGAAAAACAAAAAAGAAUAUUUAAUAUUAAAUUAAAAAGAUUGCUAAUCGAGACGAUCGAUUCGAACCUUUCAAUUCCAAUCAACAUAUAAUUAUAGCAACAUUGAAAAAAAAUGUCAAACACAAAAAAAAAAAAAACUAAAUUUGACAGUGACGUAUUUCACGGGAAAUAUUUACAAUUAUAUCAUUUAUUAUUAUUAUUAUUAUAUAUUUUUACGAUAUUGAUGGAGGGGUAUCCAUACCCGUAUCCCCCGCCUUUCCCACCGAUGCGGUCCCCCGAGGGAGAAUAUCCCGAUCACGGGGAUGGAUUUGGUGAUUAUUACGGUAUGGAGGUGUUGAACGAUUACGAACUUGGGGAAAGGCCCAGUCGAUCUAAAAACCGUAGUCGAAAACACUAUAACUCCAGACGUUCACAUUCUCGAAGUAUCACCGCAAAAAAAACGCAAACACGAUCGAGAUCCCGGUCGCGAUCUUCAUCGCAGUCAAGGUCACGUACGCGGUCAAGGUCGCCCUCAAGGUCAAGGUCACGAUCGAGAACUCGAAGCAGAUCAGCCAGCCGAAUGCGAAUAUAUAAAGAACCUGGGUUUUUGGAUGCUUUCAGAGUAUUGUAUUUGACGCCCAGCAAACAACAAAGGAGUACGACUAAAUAUUUAGCCACGAAAAAGAAGCAGGAUCAUAUACAGGAGAUUUUAAAGAGUGACGGGCUCGGAUCUAAACGGUGGCUGUUCUAUCCACGAUCACAAAACAGCUGCGAGCCGAUAACGCAGCCAGUCGCCGGAUCGCGGGAUAAUUGCGAUCAGAGAGUGAAGAUCGACGGGGAGUUUUUUAGGAAGUACAAGAGGCGCAGCAAGGUGGCCAGUGACGCGCCAAUAGCCAAAUUGAAGAGGUGGGAACUGAUAUUUUAUAAGAAGUUAGGAUUUAUACAGGCUGUUUGA